AAACUUGUUAAUUACUCUUUUUGGGUCUGUGACGAAUAUACGAUGCCGGCGUUGGGCACCGCUUUGGCUCAAUACUCCUUUGAAGGCGGAACCGAAGGAACAAUCGGUAUGCAAGAAGGAGAAGAGCUGCUGCUUAUUGAGCGGGAUGAAGGAGAUGGUUGGACGAGGGUGAGACGGCUUGCUAGCUCUGUCGAGGGCUUCGUUCCGUCGAGUUAUCUCCAAUGCAAGUGGUUUAGUGCAGAAGAAAUCUAA